AUGACUACCCCUGUCAAUGGAGACAGCUUAUUGACCGCCUUGGUUGCAGGCUGCUCCGCCUCUGGGGUGACUGCUUUUCUCAGCUUCCCUCUUGACUUUUUGAAGGUCAACCUGCAGCUUUCAAACUCCGCUGCCAGCUCCCAGUUCAAUGUGACGCAAGACUUCUCGAGCAUAAGGCAAAUUAUGACGGGAUCCAGUGCAUUAGUCACUGGAAGCAUCAUCAAAAACUUCGCCAGAAUCUCCUCCUACAACUGGGCUUCUAAUUUCAUGGCUAUUGACACCCUGUCUGAAAAGAAGAAAACCAGCGCCCCCAGAGUCGUCAUCGCGGGUGUCAUGUCAGGGUUCAUGGAGACUAUUUGGAUAGUUCCUUUUGAAAGGAUCAAGACAGUCAUGAUCCAGAACAACCUCCUAGAGGCUGAGAAAAGAGGCAACCCAAAACCUUCGACCGACAUAACCGGUCUCUCUUUCGAGAAGCGUGUCAAGCUUCCCAACAUAGCAAAACAAUAUGUAUCUCCUCACGCUUACUACACGAGCGAGGUGCUUUCCCAGCUUAGAUCUGGAAGGCCCAUGUCGAAGUUUCUGUCGCCCUCUUACGGUAAACCGACACAGUUUAAACCACAUCACAUCAAUCAUCAUCUGCUGAACGCUAUUGAUGCUCUCAAACUUGAAUUCAACAAAACCCCUGCUUUAACGAUGCUCAAGACUGUUCGUCAAAUGUAUGCUUUGGAAGGAUUGCAUGCGUUUACUGCCGGUACAAUGAUCACAUUUGUGCGCCAAGUCGGCUCAGGAGCAGCAUGGUUUUCCACCUACAGCGCCACUCGCCAGCUCUUAGAUCCCCAUGGGAAGUCUCCAGAGCCAAUGUGGUUUUCUCUUCAUAUUGGGAAAGCCCAGCAGUCGCUCCUUUAUGUUGUCUCUGCCUGUGCAUCAGUGGCCUUGACACAACCGCUAGAUGUGGUGAAGUCCCAUAUCCAGCUGAAAAACGGAAAGUUAUUGUACAAGGACUCGCUUUCGACCGCUUACAAAUUAGUGGCUCGCAGAGGGUUUUUGCUGCUCUACGCCGGUGGAUUUCCUAGAGGAAUCAAAAUUGCUCUCCAUGGCUCCAUUACCGCUCUCCUAUACAACUACUUCGAAAGAGGUAUCAAUGUGUUGGGUGAAAAAUCUGUGUUCACAGACUAG